AUGGUCUCACUACCUCCAACAUCUCUUGUAACUGAUGUUUUAUUAGAAGAAGAUAAGGAGCAUGAGGAUCUCUCUAUUAAAAAAGGAUCAUCUGGAAAGCUGUCAGAUGAGGAGCUACUGGCCAAGACUAUUGAGAAAGCGCUCAAGACGAAAAAGAUGGCACAGUCUUCAAAUAUGACAUCUUCGAUAAAAGUUGCAUUGACGGCUGAAGAUUUGUUGGAUCAAAUCGGGAUAUGGCACCCCUACCCUCUCUUCAUCACAUUCUCGAUGGCAUUCCUUUGGUGGUUGUCUGUUAUGCCGACAAUGUCACCCAGUUAUAUGGCUCCCGCCUCUCCGUGUACAUCAGAUAAUUGCUCUUUCGUAACUGUUCAGAACGAGUUCAACAUCACAAAAACACUAAUCGAUCCUGGAGAGAUGACAAGCUCGGUGUUUUUCUUGGGAAAUGGAGUACUUGGGCAGAUUUAUGCAGUUGCUGCAGAUAGGUUUGUUCACAUCCUCAUCGCCAGCCUCUUCAUUUCUGGUCUUUCUGGAAUUGGAGCAGCAUAUGCUCCAACUUUCGAGCUAAUGCUAGUUGGCAGAUUUUUCCAAGGCAGUUGCUUUACGGCUCUAACCAUGAUCAACUGGGUGAUGUGUUGCGAGAGCAUCUCGUUCUCUGGCCACGGCUACGCUUCUGUAUUAUUCGGUCUUUGUUGGGUGAUUGGAUACUGUUCAGUGUCUCCGUUGGCAAUCUAUUUCAGCACAUGGAGAUAUGUACAAUUGGCCACUUCAGUUCCAUGUGUGCUCUUUGGAUUCGUGAUGUUAUUUACUCUUCCCGAAAGCUUCUCAUUCUUAGUUGCAAAACGAAAACGCGACGAUUUGGUGCAAUGGAUCGAAACUGCCGAAAAAGUGGGAAACGAAGAAAUCGAUUAUGAUGCUGAUCAAAUUGUGGAUAUGUCCAGUCGGGAGGAUGAUAACAAAUCUCUACUACAAACUUUGAAAAUCGUGUUGCAGUCAAAGCUGAUGGUCACUUAUACUGCCGUGGAAUCGUUUUUAUGGAUAAUCGACUUGAUGAUCUACAGUGCUCUUUCGCUCUCCUCAACAGGUGUUGGUUCCCAUAACAUGCAUCUUUCCUACAUUUUCUCUGGUCUCGUCGAAAUCCCAUCCUACUUCCUUAUCCCUGCGGCUAUCGAUUGGUUGGGGCGAAAACCAUCGGUUAUGGUUUGCCAUCUCAUUCUCGCGUUCUCUCUUCUCUCAAUGUAUCUGUUCGAUCAUGAAGCGGAUCCGGAGAUAUUUUUAAUCAUCUGGCUAAUUGCCAAAUUCGCCGUAGCAUCUGCUUUCAUGUUGUGUUUUGUGUACGGUGCCGAGUUGUUUCCGACUAAUUGCAGAAGCAUUUGCCUCGGCACAUGCGCCACAAUAUCCAAUCUCGGAGCUGUUUUCGCCCCUCAUGUGCCAGCUAUGGACAUUUUCUUCCCGGGACUUCACUAUUUAUUCUACGCUCUCUGCUCAUUCAUUUGCACAAUUUUGACGACAAUUCUUCCCGAAACAAAAGAGAAUCACAGUGUACCGCGAAGUCAGCAACAGUCGUUGGCUUGA